ACCGAAGAUGCGCAAAACCCUCAUUUUCGCAGGGAGCUCUGUCCCUGAGCUCACAAAUCAGAUAUGCACAAAUCUAGGAAUGGCACCGGCCGCUGUCGAGCUGUCGCAAUUUGCAAACGGCGAGACGAGCGUCAAGAUCCUCACUAGCAUUCGAGAGAAGGAUGUCUUCGUCGUCCAGUCUGGCAGUUCGAAGAUAAAUGAUAGUAUCAUGGAGCUCCUGAUUCUUAUCUCGGCGUGCAAAGGCGGUUCUGCUAACAAAAUCACCGCUGUCCUACCAUACUUCCCAUAUAGCCGACAAUCUAAGAAGAAGUCACACAGAGGCGCGAUUACUGCUCGCAUGCUUGCUAAUCUUCUCAAUGUUGCUGGUGUCAACCACAUCAUCACGAUCGAUCUACAUGCAUCUCAAAUGCAGGGCUUCUUCAAAUGCCCUGUUGACAAUCUUCACGCGGAACCGUUAAUAGCAAGGUGGAUCAGGCACAAUGUCCCGGGAUGGAAGGAAGCAGUAUGCGUAUCGAAGAACGCGGGCGGCACAAAGAGGGUCACGUCAUUGGCGGAUGCGUUGAAGUUGAACUUCGGAAUGGUCACCACAGACCGAAGGCGAGGCGGUAACAUGAGUUCAAGCAUGAUAUUCAGCUCUCUAGACCACAGCCCACCUCCCAACGACAAAGAUACGCGGAAUGACGAAGUUGAUGGCGAACCGGAUCUGUCUACCCCUCUCAGCGCCGUCACACUCGACUCGGAGCCGACAUUUAACCCGAUAUCCGGCCCAACAUCCAACCCCACCCCUUCUCAUUCGCGUCACGAAAGCUCAUCAUCAACUCGCGCCUCAAAUCCCAUAUCAGCUAGCCGCUUGCCCUUCACCAGACCAACCUCUGCUGCGCGCUCCCCUCUUACUCGAUCCGUCACCACUCCCAUCCCUUUCUCACACACCGAAGAAGAUGAAUACACCGAUGAACGCGCCCGGGAAGUUAUCCACGGCCGUCUUGUACACGGCCACAUCGUGCCGGACGACUACCCCUCUCCCACCACCUCCGCCAUGUCGAACUCCAUGAUUUUAGAUCGCCCAGAAGACGACCCUCUGGAAAUAUCGCGCGUCUCGAGCUUUUUCAACCCUGAACCCUACGCACUCGGCGGCUCGCACGACGCCGCGGAAAGCAGCGACGAAGAGGGCGACGACCCCGUCAACCACGACCUGGAGAAGAUGAUCACCCUCGUCGGAGACGUCAGGGGCCGCUCGGUAUUCAUUGUCGACGACAUGAUCGAUAAGUGGGGUAGCUGGGUCGCCGCAGCCGAAGCGGUCGUCAAGCGUGGUGGGGCAAAGAAGGUGUACAUCAUCGCGACGCACGGUCUAUUCGGCGGCGACUCCCUCGAGGAGCUCGAGAAGUGCGACUGCAUCGACGUGAUCCUCGUGACGAACUCGUUCCCUAUCCCCGAAGAGCGCGCGCGCGCAAGCAAGAAGCUCGUCGUGCUCGAGCUGGCCGGGCUCCUCAGCGAGGCCAUCCGGAGGAACCAUUACGGCGAGAGCAUCUCGGCGCUGUUUCAACAUAUUAGCGAUUAGGUUUGUGGUCUGGCGGGACGGGGCUGGGUUAUGGGUAGGACGGUUAUAACGGGACGGUGCCGGAUAUAAUUUUUUGCUUACACUAACGGAGCGAAGCGCUGGUGUAUGGAUGGACGACAGGAGGGCACAGGCGUUUACUGGCAAGGGCUGCUGUUUCCAGCUAGAAUUGACCAACGAUCUUUAUGAACCCCAUUUGUUGGGCAUUGAACAUGCUGCGUUGAGUAUUUUGGUGAAUUCACUCGACAACUUUUUGUUUUUCUUUCAUCUUACCUUUCUUUUGUCGCCGCCAUUUGGUAUAGCAUGUGUGGGCGCCUGGAAUAUGGCAAAGAUGGAUAUACCCAGCGAUGCAGACUUCAGUGUUUGCAGGGACCUUCUCUCUAUAGGAGAUGGUUCUUAACGGAGCGUUGGCAGAUGAGAUCCUUUGGACUGAGAGUAGAUGGCAGCUUGCCUCAGCAUACUACUUGCUUGCUGGCUUGAUGUAAGAAUGCAGCAUACAUGUAUGCAGCCCUCUCGGACAUUUUAAAUCAAAUCUUUAGGUUUGAAGACUGGUAUGGGAUAGGUGCAAUCUAGAGUAUGUAUCACCGAAUAUAAGAUCCCAGCGAUUAACGUGUA